UCUUCUUUGUUGGCCGAAUGAAAUAGCAGACGUUGAAAAACAAGUGGGGGGAAGCGGAAAGAGAUCCAUAGGAAUAUCCAGUGAGCCCCGUCGUUUAAGCUCGAAAGCUUUGGGGUUGUACCAAUGGCGGAAGAUCUGGUUCUUGACACAGCGAUCAGAGACUGGGUUCUAAUCCCUCUAUCAGUGGUUAUGGUCCUCAUCGGUGUCCUUCGCUACUUUGUCUCCAAACUCAUGCGUUCAACCCAAGUUCCCGAUCUCAAAAUCGUCAAAGAAGGGCAAGUCAUUGUUAGGGCUCGAAAUUUUCGUGCCGGUGCCAAUUUCAUACCUCCCAGAUCAUAUCGUGCUCGUAAAAUUUACUUCACUAACGAGGAAAAUGGGUUAUUACAUGUUCCUAAAGGUCAGACGCCGAAUCCACAAGCGCAAAUGUUUUCUGAUCCUAACAUGGCUAUGGACAUGAUGAAGAAAAACCUUUCAAUGAUUAUACCCCAGACACUUACUUUUGCUUGGGUCAACUUUUUCUUCUCUGGAUUCGUAGCAGCCAAAAUUCCAUUCCCUUUGACACAAAGGUUCAGGUCAAUGUUACAAAAUGGGAUUGAUCUGAGCACUGUUGAUGUUAGCUAUGUCAGUAGUCGUUCAUGGUACUUUCUGAAUCUGUUUGGAUUGAGAGGUUUAUUUAGUCUCAUCCUGGGAGAAGAAAAUGCUGUGGAUGAUACACAGCGUAUGAUGCAGAUGGGUGGAUUUGGCUUUGAUCCAACAAAGGGUUUGAGUGCUGAGAAGGACAGCCUCGACAUAGUCCAGCAUGAAUGGGCCUUACCUAAAUUUGAGCACCGUGCUGAAGCAGUUUUGAGAAAACUCGUUCACUGAAUUGUAGUUUAAUCAGCCAGUUGACAGGCUAAUAUCAGUGCAUUGGUUUCUGCUCCCAUGCAGAAAUCCUUUGUAUCUCUAUUUUCAGCUGCACUAAAGACUAUUAUAGGAAGAACCCCUUUUUUUUUUUUUUGUGUGUGUGGAACUAUCAAUUAUUGAGUUAUUGUAGAUGUUGACAAUUAAAAAGAAUCUUUCAUGUUUGAUUUUAACUUCACGAAAUUUUAAAUUACUUCAGUUUCUAUA